AGAGAGGCCGAGUCAUCUUCGUGCUGAUAUCCGAGAGGGUCCAAGAUGUCGGAUAUCGUCAUCUCCGAGUGUACGAGUACUACAAAAUCGCCGAACAAGUUAGCUCCGACCGCGAAUUCGACGGCGCGUGAUCGCUGGUGGUCGCCAGCGAUUAGAAAAGUGACGAGAAAAAACUACAUCUGUGAUCUAUACGUGAAGAUGCGCCAGCGUCUGAACAAAGUUAACCGCGUAUCAAAGUCCAUUUUACCGCCAGCAAAGAUCCACUUCGAGGUGGACGAAGAUCCGGGCGGCGUGAUCACGGAAUCGUACGUGAAAAAGUUUUCCCUCAUCAAGUCAAUUUUCGACGUUAGAGAGAACAAUAACCUCGAGCUUUUCGCCGAUCAUAACGUCGAGGAUAAACCGAGUGUUCACGAAAUCAACGCCUGGGCUAUUCAGCUCGAUGCUGAAGCUGCUCACUCAACCCUCUUGGACAUGACGGAGGACGCGAAAUAUGCAUCGCCACAAGAAUCAGAAACAGCGAUGAAACGUGCUUUUUGAUAUUAUUGGGUUGAAAAAUCGGUCGUCCUUAAACCGGCCUCCGCUGGAAUUAGCCGAUCCUCAAAGCUUUCUGUACCUACUAUUAAGUCAUGGAUUAGAAUUAGUAGCGUUGUUAAUUAAUUUCUCUUUCUUAAUGAACUGUCCGAGCUGGGACUCGGGGUUUUCACAUACCGAAGAGAAAUAAUGUAA